AUGACGGAUGAAGCUAACUCAGUGCCAAUGAUGAUGGAGGUAAACCAGGGGGUGGAAGAAGGUUUUGCUUCUUAUCAGCCAUCACUUAUGACUGAAUCUGCACCAGUGGUUGUGACCUCUCAAGCUCAUACUGGUGCAUCUGAUCAACUUCCACCGUUACCUUCCCCAAAAAAGAGAAAACCGACUAGGAAACCAAGUGAGGUGUGGAAUCACUUUGAACAAUAUCAAACUGGUAAUCCUUCUGAACCUAUUAGGGUUAUAUGCAAGGUGCCUAGUUCAAACCAAAAGGUCCUAACUUUUGCCAAGGACCAAUCUGGAGGUAUUAUCGCUCUUGGGGCAACAUGA